AUGAAAAAAUCUUUAUCAAAAAAAUCUACGGAUAUUAAGCGACGAUUAACAAUAGUGACAAGUGAAUGUAAAGUUUGUGGAGCACCAGCUAAAUAUUCCAGUUAUGGUGCUGUUGCAUGUGAUGCAUGUAAAACGUUUUUCAAACGAAAUGGUGAACACGCACAGGAAGUAUUGAAAUGUGAUUGGGAUAGUCAUUGUGAAGUAAAUGUGAAUAAUCGUCAUGUAUGUUCUUAUUGUCGACUUAUGAAAUGUUUUGCAAGUGGAAUGCAAACUGGAAUGAUUCGAGGACCUUAUUCAAAAAAGAGAGAAACACGUCAAAAAAGAAAAGAAAUCGACGAACACAUAGAAACACCAUCAACAGCUUUGGUUCGAUUGACUCAACCUGAACAGUUUCCAACUUUAAACCUAUUACAAUCGGAUCAAUCAACAUUAACUGUUGAACAAUGGAAUCUUCUCUCAAAUGUAUCACAUUGUUACGAUGAAUAUAGUGGAUUAUCAAUAGGUGAACAUUAUAUGCUUGAACAAGAUAAAUUACCUCUUAAAUUUCGUUUUAAAACUACAUCUAUAAUAGAAUUAUACCAAAAAAUAUUCGAUGGUGCUCCAUUAUUAUAUACAAAUAAUCGAGAUUUUCUUUCUUUAUCUGUAAAUGAUCGUUCUACUUUACUUAGUGGUGCAGUAUCAUAUGCAACAAAUCUUUCUGGGAUGUGUAUCGUACGUAAAAUUGGAUUAACGAAUUAUCCUGCUUAUUUUGAUGCUGUUGGGAUAAUCACUCAUCCAAAUAUAAUAUCAUCUGUUCGAUAUUUAGCUUAUCAUUUUAAAUUUGACAUUAUUAUUAUGAAAUUAUUUCUUGUCAUACUUUCUUUUUCAACAUUGAAGCAUACAGUUUAUUCACAUAUUCCUUCAGAAAAUUUAUCAGAUAUUAAACAAAUUCUACAUAUUCAAGAUACAUAUAUUGAAGUAGCAUGGAAAUAUCUACUCUACAAAUAUAAUCAUGAACAAGUUGUUAAAUGUUUUUCUAAUUUCAUAAGAUGUACUUUUGUUGUUCAUGAUGCUAUAGUUACAGCACAAGAUGUUCAAUGGUAUACAAAUGCAAUUGAUUCUAUUAUUCAACAGACCGAACAGACACUUACUCUUGAUGAAUAA